UUUAUUAGAAAUAAGUGAUGAUAAAGCAGUAAACAUGAAUUUGGCAAAUAAAAUAAUGCAAUGUUACAAUGUGAAAAUAACAAGUGAAGAUAUUUUACCGCGACAUGUUUGUUCGAAUUGUUGUGAUAAAGUGAUCAAUGCAUACGAAUUUCAUGAAUUAGUACACAAAUCACAAGAAUUCCUAAUGAAACAAAUGAUUCAAGUUAAACAAGAGAAUAUUGAAUCAUCAAAUAUGUCGAAUUCUGAUAUGAAUCUUGAUUUUACAGACGAUUUUCCACCUGACACAAAACUAGAAGAUGAUUCGGACGAUGAAAGUAAUUCAGAUGACGAAAAACCUUUACUGCAAAGAAAAUCUACAGUAAAGGUAAAACAGGAAUCGUUAAAAGGAGAAUAUGUUUCGAUGGCUGAUGUUGAGCGUUUAGUUUCCGAAAUAAGAAAAAUAAAAUGGAAAUGUAUGGAAUGUGAUUUACAAGUAACAAGUCAUAAAAAAUUUCGUAAUCAUUAUUUGAAUGUUCAUAACAAAGAACCACAAUAUCCAUGUCCAGAUUGUCCAAAAGUUUACAAUAAAUAUGAAAGUUAUCUAUCACAUAAACGUGUUCAUGAUGGCCGUUAUAUUUGUAAAAUUUGUAGCAAAUUCUGCCGCGAUGGUUCAUCAUUAAAACGUCAUAUGCAAACACAUUCAGAUUAUACACCAUUUUCAUGUAAUGAAUGUCACAAGUCAUUUAAAACAGCUGAGUGCUUGCAAAGACAUCAAAAUGUACACUUACCAAAUGUUAUUAAAAAGAAAAAAGUGAAAAUGUUUGCUUGUGAACAAUGUCCAAAAACAUUUACGAACAAAGCUAACUUGAAUAUACAUAAAGAAAGCCACGAUGAAGGAGAGCCAUCAAAGAAUUUUGUAUGUGAUCAAUGUGGACGAAACUUUAGACAACGUGCAAAUUUGAAUCAGCAUAUGUCAACACAUCUAAAUAUAUUCCCCUACAGAUGCGAUAAAUGCCCCAAAGCAUUUAAAAAUAUCUACAGUUUAAACAGACAUCAAAAGAAUCACAUGGAAGGACAGCCAUAUAAUUGUGAAAUUUGUUUGCGACCAUUCAGACAUAAACGUGCAUUAAAACGACAUGCUCAUAUUCACACAAAUCAAUUACCAUACGAAUGUGAACAUUGUAAAAAAUGUUUCAGAGAAAAAUCAUAUUUAAAGAUACAUUUGAGGCAGCAUACAGGAGAACGGCCGUAUUCAUGUAUUGAAUGCAACCAUCACUUCACAAAUGAUUCCAAUUUCAUAAAACAUUUAAAAGGACGUCAUGGUCUAGGCAAUGUUUCAGUCGCAAAUCAACGACAAUAUCCAUUUAUAAAUAUAAACAACAAUUAAAUAUAUCGUUUAAUAAAUAUUGUGGAUAUAUUGUUUUAUUUGUAACUUCUUAGGACAAUGAAAAUUAAUAAUGUAUCUUAUGAAAUUCGUAGUCAUAUUGACAGGAUGUCCAGCGAUUGAAUAUUCUUAAUUCUAGGAAAACUUCGGAAUUAGGUAGUUCUUGGAAAUACAGAGAAUAUAUGCAAAUUGUAUAUACAAAAUGAUUCUAAUUAUUUUUGUUUAAAAUAUAUCCCUGUUUCUCAAAUAAUAGAAAUCACAAGAGAGAUGCCAUUUAGAAUUAGUGAUAGAGGUUUCGCCAAGUCUUGCACGAAUACUAAUUUUCUAAACUGUAAAUUCAAUCACAAGUGACGUCAACAUAUCGCUUUAGUAACGCCACUACGCGGAGAAAUGAUAAAAUAGCAUGCAAGAUGAUAAAUGGUUUGUUUCUCAACUUAUGUUUAUUGUAUUAUAACAUAAUUUUAUAUGAAAACAAGACUAAAAAUAUGAUUUAAGCGUGAUUCCGAUUGGUUCCCAGCCUCAACGGAUAUCAAGACGUCACAACCAAUCACAAAUGGUUUUUU